UCAAGAUCGAGAGAACGCAAAUCUGGAUGGCACCAGCCUGCACAUGCGCAGAUACGAAAGAACUGAGCACAAUGUUUAUCCUGUCAUGUGCCGCCUUCAUGAACCAUAAGAGUGAACCAAAGAUGUGCAUGCGACACAUGAAGGCUCAUUGUCCCCGCCCAGUCGUUCCACAACAAGUUUGUUCACGAUACGCGAUGUUGCGAGAACGCCAUCGGCGCGGCACAUUGGCGUGUGCACUUUGUGCGAGUAUUCUUGGGUGGUGCUUUGUGGCACCACGGACAGAAACCCGCCCAAUGCCGCGUUGUCCUGUCCGUGCUGCGGCUGGUGAAACAAAAAGUGGCAGCAAUUUCUGGGGAGCUGCUCAGAAAGCGGCUGGCAACAACAAGACAGAUGUUGAGGCCUACAUCGCAGAAACAAAGACGCGUGCUGGUCAGCACAUGAAUUCAAGCCAAGUGGUUGAUAGAGAUGAAGCCGUGAAGGCCCUGGUCCAGUCGAUGGAAAGCACAGGAUUGCUCACACUGGUGUUGGGGGGCAAAAAUCUGGGAAAAACGUUCCUCAAACAGGCCGCACUACGAGCAUGCAGCUCCAACGUAGUGGUGGUCUCAGCAGAUAUGCGAGACAUGCCAGGUACGAGUCUGUUGAAUGCCAUUCUCUUGACUGCCAACAAGACAUUGAAGGAGAGAACUGGUGACAACGAUGUCGGUCAAUACGUUUCAUCUUGGUUGGGCAUCAUAUCCGCUGCUGUGCUCACAAUUGAGGGUCUUGGCCCGGCAGCGAGUCCGGUGGGCGCCUUCAUCAAAGACAUGGCUGGCAUUGCAACCAGCAGGAGAAAAGUUCGGUCGGCAAUCGAUGCUUUUCUGAGUAGGGUGAGAGCUUCUUCGAAGAGAAGCGCCAUCGUUGUGGAUGAGGCCAACCUGGGUCUGCCCGGGUUGACAAACGGACAGGAUGGAGGAGAGAGGGGCGAAGCCAAGUCUGCCUUGGCAGCCAUCACAGCUUGGACAAAACAAGGCAAGCUGACAAGCGUACUGCUUAUUUCCUCAGAAUUUGCCUACCCUUUCCGCCUGCAGGCAACAGGAUUGGACCUCAGGGACAUUGGCAGGGUGAUUGUGAUUGGCGAGGUGCCAAAGUACGACAUGCUGAAGAUGCUGCAACAUGACUGGGGCAUGGAUGAAAACUUGGCAAAUAUAUUUUACACCUAUUUUGGCGGUGACAUCUACACCACCAAGCAGGCUUUGGAUAGCCUCGUAGAGAAGAAGGAUAACUUCAACCCAUUUGCAGUUGUGGACUGCCCUGGCUUACCAUCCUGUGUGGAAGAUCCGGAGGCGAGGGCGCACCUCGAGAACAUAGCGAAACAAGGCUUUUCGCCCGUGCGAAAUGUCAAGACAGACAAGGGUGCGAGGAUGAUAGCGGAGGAGAAUGUCGGGGGUAUAAUUAAGGAGGAUGCCAUCACCUUCGAUUUGCCCGACAUCUUCACAAACACGUCCUGUGAGUGGGCAGUCAUUCCGUCUUCCUACCACAUGCGCCUCAAGAUUGCCGACAAGCUCAAGAGCAUCUUUCCAUCAGGCAGUGCCGCCCCGCAACGACCCCCAGCAGUGUGGGUCUGUCAGCUGGGAAGCCCUGGCAGUGGCGGCUUCCAGCCCACUGGCAAUGCUUUUCCAAUCGACCCAGUGCCGCAAAACAUAGCAUAUUUGAAGAAGGCCAUCAAGCAGGAGAAGCCAAACCGAGUCAUAUGCGAUGCUGAUGAAAUUGACAUAUACAGCCAGAAGGACGGCCGCUGGGUCAAGGAAACAAUGAUGUCAUCAAGUCUGCGCAACACAGAUGAGGCAGACUGCUACGGAUUCAUGUUGCCAGCUGGAGCUGCUGGAGCCACAUAGUUUGAGGCAAUGCUGGCCCACAACGUUUCACCUCUUACAGGAACAAAAAAGUGCAGUCGCAGGCACAGUUGUUUCGUUGCAGUGCGGCUUGCUGUGAAGCUCUUGGUUGGCGGCAAAUUUCCACAAAUCGGUGACAUAGUUUGUCACGUUACCAGCUGGAAUUGCUGGAGUCGCAUAGUUUGAGGCACCUCAGCGGCGCAGCGGUGUUCUACACUUGUGAACUUGCAUCGUUGACAGGCUACUGCUGGCUGUGGUCACUUGCAGUUUUGCUUUCUCUGUAGUGCCGUCCAACUUGAGUAGUUUUCCACUGGAAUGCAGUGCGACAUCUCAAGUUGUCCUAAGCAGAUGGCGCAGUGAACCUUUUUUCCCCACCCGGCUGGCAGCAGAG